GUGUGGAGCCGCGAACUUCGGGGAGACUUGCUUGCCUCCGCCCCACUUGGUGGCGUGUCCUGGAGCCGUAAGCGAAUACCUAAGCGAUUUAAAAAGGGGCAAGAGUGGGAUCAAGAGUUUGUCAACACCGACUGGCGGUGGUCACAUCUUUGCGUUUCCAACAAGGUUUCCCUGCCUCAAAAAAGCUCGCUGAAGAGAAGCUUACGUCAUCAGACUUGAGGGUCUGAUGGGUUGUGACUCGUAAUACCGGCUGGUGAAUUUUGUGGAGAGCUGGCUUAUUCACCAAAUGAGAUAGCCUAUUACUCAUGACUAAAUUUGACUCCCCCACUCCCGAGUCAUAGAAGCUUCUUCUAGAGUCACAAGCUUCGGUCUUUUUGAACGUCUAUACACCUAAUUCUCAGAUCGGAAGACAGCAUCUUUUGACAUCAGCAAGAUGGGAUCCAUACCAAAAUACGAAGCACCAACUAGGGACGAUGCAUUCAAGCUUUUCCAGAAUAUCGAGAAUAAAUUUCCUGGAAAGACUUUGGGGGAUGAUAAAUGGUAUCUUGUAGCAGUCGCAGCACUCGUCGGCAGCACAGAGCCUGAACACGUUGCCUCCGUCUAUCAAUACCUGAUCUCGAAACCUGGGUUCACCACUUCGGAGUCACGACAACUCUUGGUGAGGCGGAUACGAGAAGCUCUUGUCAAAUGCGUUUCAAUCAUCGGUGUCUGUAAACCACUGGAAGCAAUUUUCGCCGUCGCCAAGCUCGAAAGGCCUGAAGAUAGGGACUAUUCAUUCUCAAGACAGCACUGGAAGUCUGGCCUAGAAAAUCAUGAACGUGGGGUGGGUUGGCUACAGGCGAUAUACAAGGGUAAUAUCAAGAAAAUAGGAGAUUCACUCGCGGCACACAAAGACUUCUUUUGGAUUAGCGAAGAGAUCACUUACGGGUUGUAUCUCUCCGAUCACACAAUACUCGGACCUAUCGAGACGGAGCUCGUGGUUCUCGCAGGUAUCAUGAUUCAGAAUUUACCACUUGAGACAGCUUGGCAUUUGCGAGGAACGAGACGGGUUGGGGUGUCCUCAGAAGAUGUCGAAUGCAUUCAACAAUGCAUCGAGAUGGUGGCCGAAUUUUGCAGGCUGAGUCUUCAUAGAGUACCUAGGGUCGCAGAUAUUGAGCACGAGGUGUAGAUCGAGCAAGUCAUAUGCAUGGAUAGGUUAUUAAGCCUGGCUUUAAAAACGAAAACACGAAACGUGAUCAUCUCAAGAAGCUCCCAUCCAUCCAAUAUCUCUAUUGUUGAUGAAUGUCACGUACGCACACUAUUGUUCAUUAUAAGAAUGUGCAAAACCUUGAAUUGCUCUAGAUAUGCAAUCAUGCUACAAAG